AAAGUAUAUACGUAUAAGUAUGAAAAGGUAAAAUAAGCCACCUAGAGUUGCUGAAGCUGCAGUUUAAAUGUUACAAGACUGAAGCGUAAAUGGUCAGUGGGAAUUUUUAUGUUAAGCCGUAAUGGAAAACUUUAACAAAAUUAUUCACAACAGUCUUAACCGGUAAAUAUAUACACAUGCUCAUUUUUUAGUAAACCUUACUUGUAUUUCUAGUUAAUUGAUCUAUUUUAUAUUUCAGAUAUAAACAUUUUUCGAAUUAUGUAUUCAAUUUUUGUAUUUCUGGGUGGAAACAGUUAACGCUGUAAUGAGCCGGAGUGUGAGUGGGCUGGGUUUAACCGCGCUCUGUGCCAAUGGCAGCACACACACACACACACGCAGCUACAACACACCGCUGUACUCUGAUGGAGCCGCCAGUCUCUGUGUGUGAGUCCGGCAGAACCUUGUGAGGAAACCACGCUGCGGGUCUGAACCGACGCCGACACAUUUCUUCUUCCAUCGGCGGGUGAUGGCGAGCCUGGCUGCGGCUUGGCGGCUUGCACCGUAGAUAAGGCUGGCUGCGGAACCCGAAGGAAUGCACCUUUGCCGAUCUGACACGGUCCGCUUAACUUAACGUUACUGGAGGUCAGUUCACAUGCUGAUGCCUGGCCUCGGCUGCGAAGUUUACGCGCUACAUUCGCAAUCAGCUGCUUGGUCCAAGGUGUCCACUUUGAAUGAAUGACGCCACCGCUUAACAGGUCCUUCCAGCAGAGAGGCUGCACUGCAUUAAAAGGACUGGAAUAACUAACAUUGCAUUUGAGAUCUUCCUAAAAGUGACAUCUUGUACUGAGCUCAUUUGGAAUCAUUUUUCCCAUUCUUACUGUGGAUGUGAGUGGAGCGCAUCAGCAACUGUCUGUCUUGAAGGAGCCAGGGGAUCCAGUUUAAAGAGAAACAUGUGAAGGUACUUUUGAAAGUUCGACCUGCAAGUUUGCCUCCAUCGACAAAAAGGCAAAGGUCACCGCCCUCUUCCCCUAAAUCUAUCUGCUCACUCAGCGGUUUCCCUGUAGGACAAGUAAACAUGGAUGGUCAAAAGGCCACACACAGAACUUUCUCACAUUACCCCAAGUUUGGAGCAGUCGCAGCUCUUUUAUUCUUCUGGCUUUUAGUGAUUCCUGCCACAGAUGGGCAGACUUUCAAUAGUUUCCACCCUGAACGGCGAGAAUGGGUCUUUAAUCACCUGACUGUUCACCAAACCACUGGUGCAUUAUAUGUUGGAGCGGUCAACCGUGUGUACAAGCUAUCAGGCAAUCUGACCCUCCUUGUUUCCCAUGAUACAGGCCCAAAGGAUGACAAUAAGGCCUGCUACCCUCCUCUCAUUGUACAGCCCUGUUUUGAGCCCCUUGUGCCCACCAACAAUGUCAACAAGCUCCUGCUCAUUGAUUAUUCCCAAAAUCGGCUGUUGGCCUGUGGCAGUCUCUACCAGGGUGUGUGUAAACUCCUCAGAUUGGAUGACUUGUUUAUUUUAGUUGAGCCCUCCCACAAGAAAGAGCACUACCUCUCCAGCGUCAACCAGACGGGGACCAUGUAUGGGGUGAUUGUGCCGUCACAGGGCCAGGACGCAACACUUUUUAUCGGCACAGCAGUGGAUGGCAAACAGGACUAUUUUCCCACUCUUUCCAGCCGAAAGUUGCCACGGGAUCCGGAAUCUUCUGCCAUGCUUGACUACGAGUUGCACACUGAUUUUGUGUCGUCCCUUAUUAAGAUACCCUCAGACACACUAGCACUCGUUUCACACUUUGACAUUUACUAUGUUUAUGGCUUUGCAAGUGGCAGCUUUGUUUACUUCCUGACUGUUCAGCCAGAGACGCCAGAGAACAGCAUGUCAUCAAGUGGAUCCAGCAGCGAUCUCUUCUACACGUCCCGCAUCGUUCGCCUCUGUAAAGACGACCGCAAAUUUCACUCCUACGUUUCCCUGCCUAUUGGCUGUGUGAAGAACGGUGUCGAGUACCGCCUUUUGCAGGCUGCCUACCUCGGCAAGCCGGGCCGCAUUCUUGCUGCUUCGCUCAACCUAAGUGCCCAAGAUGAUGUGCUGUUCACCAUCUUCUCCAAGGGCCAGAAACAGUUCCAUCGACCGCCAGACGACUCAGCACUCUGUGUCUUCACCAUACGAGACAUCAAUGCGAGAAUCAAGGAGCGCCUGCAGUCCUGCUAUCAGGGAGAAGGAAAUCUGGAGCUCAACUGGCUUCUAGGGAAGGAUGUGCAGUGUACUAAAGCGCCUGUGCCCAUAGAUGACUCCUUCUGUGGUCUGGACAUCAACCAGCCACUUGGCGGCUCUCAGCUGGUGACUGGCCACACUCUCUACACUGAGACUCGGGACCGCAUGAUUUCUGUGACUUCCUAUGUCUACAAUGGCUACUGUGUGGCUUUUGUGGGCACCAGGAGUGGACGUCUAAAGAAGAUUCGCAUCGAUGGACCUCCUCAUGGUGGCGUCCAGUAUGAGACAAUCUCAGUCAUCAAGGACGGCAGCCCUAUCCUCAGAGACAUGGCCUUUUCUCUUGACCGGAACUUCCUCUACGUCAUGUCUGAGAGACAGGUUACCCAGGUUCCUAUUGAAUCCUGCGAACAGUACGGGACCUGUGGAGAGUGUCUGAGCUCCGGGGACCCCCACUGUGGCUGGUGCGUCCUGCAUAAUAUAUGCUCCCAGAGGAAUUGGUGCGAGCGUGCAGAUGAGCCGUAUCGUUUUGCUGCGUCUCUCAACCAGUGUGUAAAGGCCACCAUCUAUCCCGACAGCAUUGCAGUGUCAGAGACUAGUGUGCCUCUACUGGUGAAGGUGAGCGAUGUCCCAGACCUCUCUGUUGGCAUCACCUGCUCCUUUGGCAACUUAACAGAGAUUGAGGGGCAAGUAAACGGCAACCAGAUACUCUGUGUGUCUCCUGCUGCGAAGGAUGUCCCGCUCAUACCGACUGACCAAGACUGGUCAGGUGUUGAGCUGCGACUUAACUCUAAGGAGACUGGCCAGAUGAUCAUCAGCACUGAGAUCAAGUUUUAUAAUUGUAGUGUUCACCAGCUGUGUCUGUCAUGUGUGAACAGUGCCUUCCGCUGCCACUGGUGCAAAUACCGCAACUUGUGUACCCAUGACCCCUCCAGCUGCUCCUUCCAGGAGGGACGAGUCAACACCUCAGAGGACUGUCCCCAGCUGGUGCCCUCUGAGGAGAUUCUGAUCCCAGCAGGAGAGGUGAAGCCAAUCACCCUAAAGGCCAAGAACCUGCCACAGCCCCAGUCUGGCCAACGAGGCUAUGAAUGUGUCCUUCACAUCCAGGGGGUUAGCCAUCGAGUCACUGCCCUCCGCUUCAACAGCUCCAGCGUACAGUGCCAGAACAGUUCGUAUCUGUACGAGGGAAUGAGGAUCAGUGAGCUGCCUGUGGAUUUUUCAGUGGUGUGGAAUGGCAACUUCAUUAUUGACAACCCAGAGAAUAUACAAGUGCAUUUGUACAAGUGUGCAGCCCAGCGGGACAGCUGCGGCAUGUGCCUGAAGGCAGACAGGAAGUUCCAGUGUGGCUGGUGCAGUGGAGAGGGAAGGUGUACGCUGCGCCAUCACUGCCCUCUCAUCAACCCUUACACGACUCGCUGGCUUAACCUGUCCACCAAAAACGUGAAGUGUACCAACCCACGCAUCACUGAGGUGACUCCAGUGGCUGGACCCCCAGAGGGAGGCACUCGGGUGACUAUCUACGGUACAAACCUUGGUCUCGCUUUCUCAGACAUGGUGGACAAUGUGGAGGUGGCAGGAGUCAGAUGCACCCCUGUGGAGGAAGGCUACAUCAUUGCUGAACAGAUUGUGUGCGAGAUGUCUGCAGCUCCGGCAGACAGUAGACCUGGCCCGGUCCAGCUGUGCGUGGGUGAAUGCAGACCAGAACUGAAGGCUCGCUCCUCUCAGCUCUACUCCUUUGUGACUCCAACCAUCACAGGCCUGUCCCCGAGCAGAGGUCCAGAAUCUGGAGGUACUAAAGUCACCAUAAUGGGAGAAAACCUUGGUGCCGGCAGCAGUGUUAACGUUCAGUUUGGAAAUCAGACGUGCGAAUUCUUUGGACGGACCAUGAAGGAGAUAGUCUGUUACUCGGCCCCAUCUCUGUCCGGGGUCGGCUCGGUUCAGAUCAGCGUGAGCGUGGAUAAUGCCCAAAUCAGGGAGAGCCUCACCUUUGAGUACAUAGAGGACCCCACUGUCCUGCGAAUCGAACCGGACUGGAGCAUCGCAAGUGGCCACACCCCUUUGAUGGUGACAGGGACCAAUCUGGAUGUGGUUCAGGAACCCAGAAUCCGGGUGAAGUAUGCUGGUCGAGAGUCUGUCAAUGUGUGUAAAGGGCUGAACAGCACCACCAUGAGCUGCUUUGCUCCCUCCCUCAUGGCAGAGUACCUUCCAGGUUUGGACACCGUGAAACACGCAGACGAGUUUGGCUUCAUCUUCAACAACGUCCAAGUGUUGUUGGUCUACAACAACACUAACCUCGUAUACUACCCAAACCCUUUCUUUGAACCACUAAGCACCUCUGGUGUCCUGGAGCAAAAGCCUGGUUCACCAAUCAUUCUCAAGGGCAGAAACCUGAUUCCCCCAGCGUCUGGAGGGGCGAAGCUUAACUACACUGUACUGAUAGGCGAGACUCCCUGCUCUGUCACCGUGUCUGAGAGCCAACUGCUGUGUGAGCCACCUAACCUCACCGGCCAAUACAAAGUUGUGGUUCAAGUUGGAGGCCUCCAUGUAUCUCCUGGAGCGGUGCACAUCAUGUCUGACAGCCUCCUGACCCUUCCAGCCAUUGUUAGUAUCGCAGCAGGUGGAGGUCUCCUCCUCAUCAUUGUCAUCCUCGUACUCAUCGCCUACAAGCGGAAGUCGCGUGAGAAUGAUCUCACCCUGAAGCGCCUACAGAUGCAAAUGGACAACCUGGAGUCACGUGUUGCCUUGGAGUGCAAAGAAGCCUUUGCAGAGUUGCAGACAGACAUCAAUGAGCUUACCAGUGACCUCGAUAGAGCCGGUAUCCCCCAUCUGGACUACAGAACAUAUGCCAUGAGAGUCCUCUUCCCCGGUAUCGAGGAUCAUCCCGUCCUCAGAGAACUUGAGGUGUCAGGCAAUGGCCAGCAGAACGUGGAGAAGGCCCUGAAGCUGUUUGGUCAGCUCAUUAACAACAAAGUGUUCCUGCUCACCUUUAUAAGAACGCUUGAGAUGCAGCGUUCUUUCUCCAUGAGGGACAGGGGCAAUGUGGCCUCCCUCAUCAUGACGGCCUUGCAGGGGCGUCUGGAGUAUGCCACUGAUGUUCUCAAACACCUGCUGUCGGACCUGAUUGACCGUAACCUGGAGAGCAAGAACCACCCCAAACUGCUGCUCCGCAGAACAGAGUCGGUUGCUGAGAAGAUGCUCACAAACUGGUUCGCCUUCCUCCUUCACAAAUUUCUCAAGGAGUGUGCAGGGGAGCCGCUGUUCAUGCUGUACUGCGCCAUCAAGCAGCAGAUGGAAAAGGGGCCCAUCGACGCCAUCACCGGAGAGGCCCGAUACUCCCUGAGCGAAGACAAGCUCAUCCGCCAGCAGAUCGAGUACAAAACCCUGAUCCUAAACUGUGUAAACCCAGACAACGAAAACAGUCCAGAGAUUCCUGUGAAGGUAUUGAACUGCGACACAAUCACACAAGUGAAGGAGAAGAUCCUUGAUGCUGUGUACAAGAACAUGCCCUACUCUCAACGGCCGCGGGCUGUCGACAUGGACCUAGAGUGGCGUCAGGGUCGAAUGGCUCGUGUGGUGCUGCAGGAUGAAGACAUCACCACUAAGAUUGAAAAUGAUUGGAAAAGACUCAACACACUUUUGCACUACCAGGUCUCGGACCGCAGCGUGGUGGCUUUGGUCCCCAAGCAAACCUCAUCAUACAACAUCCCUUCUUCAGCGAGCAUAACCCGAACCUCCAUCAGCAGAUAUGACUCUUCGUUCCGUUACACAGGUAGUCCAGACAGCCUCAGGUCACGUGCUCCCAUGAUCACGCCGGACCUAGAAAGUGGUGUAAAGGUCUGGCACUUGGUGAAGAACCAUGAACAUGGAGACCAGAAGGAAGGAGAUCGGGGCAGCAAGAUGGUUUCUGAGAUUUAUCUUACCCGGUUGCUUGCUACAAAGGGCACUCUACAAAAAUUUGUCGAUGAUCUGUUUGAGACGUUGUUCAGUACAGUUCAUCGAGGUAGUACGCUUCCCCUGGCCAUCAAAUACAUGUUUGACUUUCUGGACGAACAGGCAGACAGACAUGGCAUUUAUGACACAGAUGUUCGUCACACAUGGAAAAGCAACUGCCUUCCGCUGCGUUUUUGGGUGAAUGUGAUCAAGAACCCUCAGUUUGUGUUCGACAUCCAUAAGAGCAGCAUCACAGACGCCUGUCUAUCUGUGGUAGCUCAGACCUUUAUGGAUUCCUGCUCAACUUCUGAGCACCGGCUGGGCAAAGACUCCCCUUCUAAUAAACUGCUCUACGCUAAAGAUAUCCCUAAUUAUAAGAGCUGGGUAGAAAGGUACUACGCUGAUAUCACUCGGAUGCCAGCCAUUAGUGACCAGGACAUGAAUGCAUAUUUGGCUGAGCAGGCCAGACUCCACUCAACAGAGUUCAACAUGCUCAGCGCUCUCAAUGAGAUCUACUCUUAUGUCAGCAAGUACAGUGAGGAGAUUGUUUCAGCCCUGGAGCAGGAGGAGCAGGCGAGGAAACAGAGGCUGGCCUACAAGGUGGAACAGCUCAUCUCUGCCAUGUCUUUGGAGAGCUGAAGGUGAACGCUGCCAAAACAAAGAAGGGGAGAGAAGGGACCGAUGGACCUGCCUAAAAGGUCAUUUCUUACCUCUCAUCGUGGGAAAUGUCAACCACGAUCUGGACCUGGGACCUCUGUCAUCUACAACUGGACAAACACAACUGCUUUAGUUUGUGAUUCUUUCCCCCUGCUGUCAUGAUGGUGCCCACAAGACUGAAACAGAGACUCUCCACCUGGAAAUGAUAAUAUUAUACAUAAGGGACAUUGCAUUUGUUGGUUUCGUUUUUUCUCAAAGAACCCUCUCUAGAUUUGGCAGGAAAUUGCAUGUUGUGUGGGUGUUCACAUGUGUGAGUGUGCAUGAGUGUGUGUCAUAUUGAGGAAGACUCGUGUAAGACUGUGAAAGCGAAUGGAGAAACAGAUUUAGCCUCACAACCCCCAUCUAAGUGAAAAAUGGAGAGAAAAAGAGAAAACGAAGGCGAAAGGCCAAAGGCCAAUCUCAUGUUGGACAGUGUGCAUUCAGAUUACUUAGAUUUUAUUUUUGUACUCUUUAAAUGUGAAUAUCAUCAGCUGCAGUUAAAGAAAAUAUCCACUGAGUAUCCCUAACUCCAUCAUGUAAAGAUGCAUUUCUUAUCUUACUCCAUCCUUUUUCGGACUGAUGCGUCACAGAACAUGUAUAUGAACAAAUGCUGCUCUAUAAGUGAUAAGAGAUGUAAAGAAAAACAAAAUAACUUCUGAUCAUUAUUGAAAAGUGAGCAGAUUUCAAUUUUGGAAUUAUAGUAUGGCAAGCAUGCAUGAAACACCAGCUUGAGGGUGAUGGAGGUAAAAUGACUGCAGAACCGCAUCGCUCCCGUGUUGACUGCUUUCAGUUAGAACAUCUGUGUUUAAAGCAGUCCAUAUGCCAAUCCGUGUAUGUGAAUGUAUUUUUAUAUUUUCUUUGUCUUUUUACGUUUUGCAACAAAAAUUGGACCUUGGUUAAUUGAGAUACACUGAUACUUGCAGUAGAUUCUGCUGUGAAACAGCCGAAAUGGAUCUCGGGUUAUUCCGAUUUCCUUGAGUAGAACUAGUCUGCGGUCUAAUAAGUAAAAGCCAAUAAGAACUCGGGUGCAGCUGUUGGUUUCUGUGUGCUCAGAUUUUAAUUACAAUUUCCAAAAGUGUGUCCAUUUAGGGAGCCUGAUCAACUUUUAUGUGCACACAAUGACCGAUGUCACGCAUCAGACAUGUAAUCAUUUCCAAGAUUUUGGGUUUUGUCAAGUGCCAAUGACUCAGAAGAGAUGCUACAGUAGUUGACAGAACAUAUCAUACAACUAAUGGUGAUGUUUUAGCCCAAAUCAUGAGAACUCUGUGUCGGUUCAGUUUAACAUUGUGCCAAAAGAUCCUGUUGUUUUAGUUCGCUUACUAAUAUGUCAAAAUCGGUUUACGCUUUACAGAGAACAUGUUUGGGUUCACUUCAAAGCUCAGAAAGCUGGACUGGUGAGUUUUGAAAGGUACGAUGUGUAAUCAGAAAGAAAUAGUGAAAGAAAGAAACAAAAACCAGAUCUAUGAAAUGGUUCAUGCUGUUUGAGUGCGUCCCCUGACUGAAACCAGGCUAAAACCUGUACAUUCAAUCCUUUGAAAAGCUGAGUUAUUUUCUUCCAAGACAUGUUUGCUUUUUGUUUACAUCGAGUACUUGAAAAUAGGUUUGUAUAGUUUUGUGUGUAGAGCGCAUGUACCAGGUGGAUGAAAGGUGCUUCUUUUUUUGUGGCCUUAGAUACCCACCUGCUUAGUGUUUCCUGAUCUUACCGGUCCUCGGCCAUGACAUGUCCUUUCAGUGAAUCCUGGCACCACAACUCAGCUGAGAACUGUGAGACUAUCUAAAAAGUAGAGGUGAAGAGGGUAUGGCCAGACUAAGGCGGGUAGCCUCUCUCCCAAUACUUGGCUUACCCGAGCCGUUUGAAGAGAAACGCAGAGAAAUAAGGAAGCGAUGGAGGGGUAGAAUGAGAGAGAGAGAGCCCCUUUUGGUUCACUUCAAAGCUCAGAAAGCUGGUUUCCCACUCUGGCUUUGAAGCCAUUCUUUGAUCUGAGUUGGUUGUGUGCACUCUGUGAUCAGGAGAAACCGUCAAACUAAGAGACGAGGAGAAAUGUCGGUUGACGUGAGGACUGAGAGGCUAUAGCUGUGUCCGGCCAGUGGGGGCAGGAGUGAAUAGGAGGAGAUGUAGUAUUUUACCUCGUUUGAAAAUGCACCUGGUAAUAGAAGCAAAGUGCCCACAAAAACAAAAAUUAAAAGUUCCCAGCAAAAGUAUCAAUAAUAAAAUACAUUUUUCCGUGUUAUGUUAUAUUACAGUCACAAAUUUCAAUGCAUAUUAUUGCAAUUUUAACUGAGACACCAACUAAAAGUAGGGCAUACUGAUUUUUUUUAUAGUACAUAUCUGAAAAGUGUACUGUGUUUUUGCAUUCAGCCCCCCCCACCAUUUGUCAACACUUUCUAGAAUCAUCAUUUACUGUAUUUACAGCCACAAGUGUUAACUGGUGUGUCUCAACCAGUUUUUCACAGCUACAGACUGCAAUGCUUGGCCAUUUUCUUUGCAGAAUAACUCAUUCAGAUUGGAUGGAGUGUGAAGUCUCGGACUCCAUUCAUCCUCUGUCCACAGCAUGAUGCUGCCACCACCAUGUUGUAAUACAGGAAUGGUGUUUUCAAGGUGUUGCGCAGUGUUAGUUUACACCACAAACAUAACCUUUAUAUGUAGGCAAAAAAGAUCAUUUGUGGACUCAUCUGACCAUAGGACCUUCUUUCACAUGUUUUCUGUGCCCCCUGUGUGGCUUUUGUCACUGUAAAUGGGACUUAAGGGUUUCUUUUUGCGAUCCUUCCAUCAAGGAAGUGCAUGACUACUAAUUUAUUAAUAGCUGUCCUGUUCACAGGUUCUCCCACCUGAGUUGAGAAUUUCUGCUGCUCCUGUUACCACGGGCCCCUUUCUUAGUGGGAUUAGCAUAAAGGAGGCUGAUUACAAAAGCAUGCUGCACUUUUAAAAUUUUGAUUUAUAGGAAAUUUCUGAAACCAUUUAUCACUUCCAUUCUAGCACUGAUGUUUUACUUUCACUGUCUUUCACAUAACAUCCAAAUAAAAUAAAGUGUGUGGUUGUAACAUGACAAAAUGGGAAAAAACAUUUAAGUGGUGUAAAUAUCUCAUAUUUUGGGUCUGUAUCAAGCAGACAUAAGACCUAAUGAUGUCCUCAAAAACGAGUAUGACACAACUUUUAGGAUUCUUGUCUCUGUGCUUACAUUUGACCUUAAAACUGAAGUGUAUUUGCCUGAAGAACAUGUUUCCUUCCGUGCCACAAGUACAGUUCCGUUCUCUACAGGAUAGCUGACCUUUUGCUGCAGGAAAUGAAAAAACGCCUUACCAGCUUAAUUAGUGGAAAAGAAGGAGCUUGCGAUCUGAAAAUUAACUUCCAGUUAGUUUAUAUAAAAACAUCAGAAUAUUUAUUCAAAUUUCUUGAAGACGUUUUCCCAGAAUCUGUUUAUCAAAAUAUUUAUGACACAUAAAUAAAGAGAUAAGGUCACCGUUUUAUUUUUCAAGUGCAGUAUACUACCAUUUUUUCUUGCCCCCUAAUGGUCUAAUAACCAACUUUAGGUACACAACAGUGCACACAUACACACAGUACAUACAGAGAACAUGAAGCUUCUUCCUUUUGAUGAAGGUGUCUUCCCAGUUUCAGUGACUAGAAUUGUAUCCUCCUCAUACCUCACAUUGCUUAUAUGAAGUAAUGCUUUUUGUUUUAAUGGGACCUUACUGCCUUUUUUCCUUUUUCCAAGGAUUAAACUUUUAUGUUUGACAGAAUCCUUCCAGCUGUUCCGUGAGCUACCCUGUAACACAGGAGAGUGAGGAACAGAGUUAGACUCCAACUGGUUAAGAAUGGCUUUGCUUUUCUCUCUUGAAUCAUUUGUAAUCCGGAUGUUUCUCAUCUGAUAUUUAUGCAUGCGGUUUAACUCGUGCUUUAGUUCUGCCUUGUGUUCCUAUCGACAUAUCUAUCUGCGCUAUAAUUUUGCCUAAUGGCAAUUCUUCCAUUUGUAAAUGUCUUAAAAUUGCAGCACCUUUUAUUGUGAAGAGAUUUUUUUUUUGUUAUGAAGUGAUUGCUUGUUUGUGUUACCAUGUUGAAUGCUCAUUUUAAUUUAAUUUUGAUAAAAGAGAGGAACAUUUCUUUACCCAUUCUGCAGUGCAGAAUUACAUUCGACUGCCAGUUGUGAGAGAUGUAUGGAGAUGCUCACAAACCUCAUUUCAGAUAAAGCUGAACACGAACUGAAAAUGCUUUGUGAAACUUACUUCCAGUGAAACUUGUUAUUUCUUACACAAUUCAGAGCAUUUCAUUACCUUUCCCGAUUAUUUGCUUGCUUAAUGGCAUUAGACAGACAAACUCAAGUCCCAGUCAAUGUAUUGCUCUCAAUAUAAUACAAGUAUCCUUCCAUUUUAAACACGUAGUAAAAACAUAUUUUAGACACUGGAGUACUGUAAAAUAGCAAUUGCUGGCGAUGAUGAUGAUGAUAAUAAUAAUAAUGGCUGUCUGUUUUUCUUGUUUUAUAAAAGUGUUGUGAAAAUUGUAAGAACCUAAAGUAUUUAAAAAGGUUGUUUUCUUGUUUUUUAUUUGCUUUAAUUUUGUUAUUAUAAUAUAUUAUUGUGUACCUAUUGUAAAUAUGAAGCACACCUAUUUUGCAAGCCAAGGAUUCACUUUGUACUGUUGUUAUAUAUAAAUAAACUUUGCUGGUUAAAAUUG